GUUUUCCAAAUGUCCUUGGAUGCUUGGAUGGCACUCAGAUAAGAAUUAGGAAGCCAAAACUGAAUGAAGCAGAUUAUGUCAACAGAAAAGGCUAUCAUUCUUUGAAUGUGCAGAUGUGCUGUGACCACACAUUUAAGAUAACAAGUUGCAUUGCAAACUGGCCUGGAUCUGUUCAUGACAGCAGGGUGUUCCGACAAUCAGCACUGUGUGCAAAGUUUGAAAAUGGUCAGCAUGAUGGGCUACUAUUGGGGGAUUCAGGAUAUCCAUGCAGGAGAUUCCUGAUGACCCCAAUACUGAAUACAACGACUAAUGCAGAGCAGAAUUUCAACCAGUCAUUGUGCAGGACGCGAGUAUUAAUUGAGCAGACCUUUGGCGUCUUGAAGCGUCGCUUCCAGAAAUGGCAACAGAGCCCCCACAGGCAGCCAUUUAUAUUACAGCCUGCGUUGCCCUUCAUAACAUAG